CUCAGACAUGUUUUUUUCCAUCUGCAUCUCCCACCUCAUCCCACCGCUUUCAUCAGUGUCCGCCUUGCACCCUGAGCAAGUGCACAUUUUCCGGCUCUGGCAGACGUAUCUGGAAAACGUCAAUCCGCUGCUGAAGGUGACACAUUCGUCGAUGCUGCAAGCACGGAUUAUCGACGCGGUCAGCGAACUGGGAAGAGAUAUUCAUCCUACCUUUGAGGCACUCAUGUUCAGCAUCUACUGCAUCGCGGUCGUGAGUCUGGCCGAUAGUGAAUGUCCCCGGCUGCUCAAAUCGUCCAAGGAGGAUCUGCUGUCGCGGUACCGGUUCGCGUGUCAGCAACUGCUGGUCAAGUGUCGGCCCUGGCAGUUUACAGAUAUCGACGGGUUGACCGCAUUGUACCUCUACUUGGUCUCGGAAUGGCCGCAAACAGACCCGCGCUCGCUCUCCUCCAUGCUGGCCGCCUCCAUCCGGAUUGCGCAACGUAUGGGAUUCCACGAUGAGUCCACAUACACCCGACAUACUACCGUGGAGGCCGAGAUGCGCCGAAGACUCUGGUGGUCGUUGGUGGUUUUUGAUCAUCGCAUCUGCGAGAUGUCCGACUACAAGGCCACCACCUUGACGCCCACCAGGGACUGCCGGAUUCCGUCAAACAGGCGCUGUUUCGCGGUGAUUCGUAGCGAGCUGGCCGACCUGAUCCGCCAUAGCACGUUCCACAUCAACCUCGUCAACCCGGUACUGGCGGCCGUCGCGAAAGCAAAGGAUCUUCGCGACAUGUCCGUUCCUGCAAAUGGUGAGAAUGAGAUGUCGACUAUACAGAAGGCAAUCCAGGCCAAGUACCUCGCUUUCUGUGACCCGGCUGACCCGCUCCACUAUUUGACAAUCUGGACAACGCGCGGCUACCUACCAGCCAGGAACCGCCUGCCGGAGCACUACGCGCGAUACGUGACAUCGCCGGCGACGACACAGCAGGCCGACUCGCAGCGCAACGCUGCCCUGUCCUACGCACUCGAGAUGCUGGAUUGCGACACGAGGCUGCGAGUCUCUCCUUUGACCCAUUUCCACGUCCCAGCCCUGGCAUACAUCCACGUUCUGAGCGACCUGAAACGGCGGCCGAGAGAAAGCCACGCCGAGAAAGCGUGGCAGGUCAUGAGCGAGAACUAA